CCCAUUGACCAGGCAUCCCUUCCGGUAGAUGAGGUCAACUUUUCCCUAGAUCCGCCAUUUCAGUCCCGGAGUUUCUUGUUGCACAUUAGUUUUGAAUUUAUUUUUUUCUCAUUUGAACGUGUAAAGCAGUUGAGGAAUUGUAUUUUUGUGGUGCAGCAGAAGUUCCGUAAACUUAAAAGCCUUUACAUUACUCGUGGAAGUUGCAAGAAGUGUGGCAUUGUACAGUUUUGUUUCCAGGGGAAGCGGUUAGUGAACCAAAGUUUUUGUAUGAGUUGCGGAUAGGGAGAGGCGAAGGGGAAAGGCCUCAAGCCUCGGACGGGAUUUCACAGCCAUGGCCGGUAAUUUUGAUGCCGAAGACCGUGCUAGCUGGUUCUGGGGAAGGCUAAGCCGCCAGGAAGCCGUUUCUCUUUUACAGGGACAGAGACAUGGCGUUUUCCUGGUCAGAGACUCAAUAACCAGCCCUGGUGACUACGUGCUGUCCGUCUCGGAGAACUCCAAAGUGUCCCAUUAUAUAAUCAACAGCAUCAGUAACAACCGGCAAUCUGGCACAGGUUUGGCUCCUCCUCGGUUUCGGAUCGGGGAUCAGGAGUUCGAGGCGCUGCCGGCGCUGCUGGAGUUUUAUAAGAUCCACUACCUGGACACCACCACGCUCAUAGAGCCCAUAAACAAGGCCAAGCACACGGGAUUCGUCAGCUCCUCUGCUGCUGGCGCCCCGCAGCAGUCCGAGGAGGCAGAGUUUGUACGGGCGCUAUUUGACUUCCCUGGCAACGAUGAGGAGGACCUCCCCUUCCGCAAGGGGGACAUCCUGCGGGUGCUGGAGAAGCCCGAGGACCAGUGGUGGAACGCUGCCAACCAGGAGGGCAGAGCCGGGAUGAUCCCCGUGCCCUACGUGGAGAAGUACCGGCCUGCCUCGCCCACUGCUGCCGGCCUGAGUCCACCUGCUGUGGGGACUGGACAGGGGGGGCAAGUUGGAGGGGUAGUGGGCAACACAGACGGAACAGGGGCCACUCAGGCAAAUCCUCUGGGGGACCCGGGCCAGUAUGCUCAGCCUGUGGUCAACGCCCAGCUCCCUAACCUACAGAACGGGCCUGUCUAUGCGCGAGCCAUUCAGAAGAGGGUGCCCAACGCCUACGACAAGACGGCGCUCUCUCUGGAGGUGGGAGACACGGUUAAAGUGACCAAGAUCAACGUGAACGGCCAAUGGGAGGGAGAGUGUAAGGGCAAACGAGGCCACUUCCCCUUCACCCACGUCCGACUGUUGGAACAAAACCACCCUGACGACGAGAGCUGAGGAACACACGCUCUUCACCUCGACAGCGUCCCGCACGUCCUUCUCUAUUGGUCAUUUUGUCACGCUCGGAAAGAAAAGAUUUCUACAAGCACACAGUAUAUGAACCUAUGAGCGUGGUGGGUGGUCCUGUCCCUUUGAAGAGUUCACACUCAGGUCAGACUGAUAUCGGUUCACAUUUAUUACCUUUUUUUGUUUUAAAGUUGGCAUUGCACCACCGUUGGCUCCCUCCUUCACUACUUCUGCAAAACAUGCCAUUUAAACGUCUCGUAUUCAGAUAGAAAGCAGGUUCAGUAUUUAUUAACGUUGCAUUUUAAAGGAACACACUUCAUUCGUGAGUCAAGAGGAAAGACUCGGACGACUUGGUUCAAUCAAACUGGUUUUAUUUGGCUGUUUGAAGUUUUAUCUUUUAUCAGUUCUUCAUUAAGAAGUGGAGGAAACGCAGCGACCGCAGAGUAAUUAUCUCAUCUUACAUGCGGACUGAAGACGCUUAUACCUCGAUGUUCCAACGACACCUUUUACUUUCUGAUAUCUGAACUUGUGCAUCGGCCGAUAUCCGGCACCGAUCCCUUAUUAGAGUUAAAAGCAACAAAUAUAUUAUUUUGUAAGGACAUGAACGAAUGCGUGCAGAGACUGAAUGCCAUAGAACCUCCUGUUCUUAUCCGCUGGGCUUCUCCAGGAUGAAAUUGAGCCAAACUGCUGACAUUUUGUGAGCGCUGGCUGACGCUGCACCUGCCAUCUGCACGUGCUCAGUAGCUAGUGACACGCGUGUAGUUGUUCCCGUGUGGCUUAAAUGAGCUGAUGAGUUGUACGAUGGCGUGAAAUCAGAUCUGUGCAGAGACCCGCGUACUCGUGGAUGAGAAGCAUUUUAGGCUGCAGCUCAGUCGGGGAACAACUCUACUUAUAACCCUGACUGACCAUGUGAGGGAUUCACAGUCUGCAGGAUCACUUCAUGUUUACAGCUCUUUGAUAGAAGCUGCUACGUUUAAAUGAGAUGUUAAGAGAUGUUCAGUAACCGAUAUCAGUCCGACCCCAGUCCACAAACCUCCAGCCCAGUAUUGAAGUCUGCGCCCCCCCCAUCACAGCAGUCGAGCCCCUCGUCCCUCCUGCGUUCGCUGCAUCUCCAUGUGAUUGAUACAGAAGGGAAACACUCGGCUUCUCUCAGAAUCACCAGGCGCUGAGUGUUUGUAGACUGAACUGUGAAGACUUCAGCGACUUCUUACACCCCACACUACAAACCAAGUCCUCUUUGUUUUUGUACUAAAAGUGGAAAAUAUUAUGAUAGAAUUGACACCGUACAUGCUCAAUACUGUAAACCUUUUCUGUUUCCUUCCCUUUUUUUUUAUAUGUGAUUUGAUUUUUCUUUUUGUUACCAGAGACUGUACACAUAUUAUUUUAUGUUUCUAUUUUUAAAACGCUACUUUAAACGCGGCGGUGUGAAAGAACAAAGCUGGACGGAGAGCUCCCCCGAGGCUGAGAGGAGAAAGGUGGAGGGAGGGAUUUAUUUUUGGUCUUCAAGCUUUUUAUGACGGCGUCACUCAAGAGAUGCUUUUAAGAUAAAACCCACUUUAAAACAUGUAUAACCGGUAAAACAGGCGUCACUUUGUGUCACGCCUUGUGCCAUGAACGACGUUUGCUGCAGGCGUGCUCCUCAUCGGCGUUCUCCACUUUGAGUAUACAUGCUGUUCUUACACGUAAAGCUUUUUUUACACACGCAUAGGUCCUCUGACAAAUAUGUCGAUAUGAAAAUAGGGGCAAUAACACUGUUUUAUCCUGUGGUCAGAGUCAUGUGAGUGUAUAAACUUCCCCCGUGAUGUUAAACAGUCGGAACAAGAUGAGUGACGAACCUCAGCUGCACAUCCAAGGUGGUGUUCUGUCACCUGGGAGGAUCUGCAGAGUUGCUUCCUCGUGUUUUGUGUUGGAAAAGAAGAGUUUUGAGUAUUAAUUUACUGUCCUGAGGCUCCAUACGUCAGUAUUGUGCAACGUAAAGGGUUUCCACGCAUUAAAUACAUGUGUAUCUUUGUUUUCCAAAUCGUGUUCCACAAAGUCCUGGGGUCAGAUGUAUAAACGAUGCCCAUGCACAAACAUUCACAUUUCUAGGAAAGACUGUGCACGUGCAUCCAAACAGCAUGUGCAGGUUUUCUUAAAGGCGACGCAGCAGAAAUGAAACAUAAGCUGAAUUUGCAGCAUAAUUUUAGAUUUAAAAAGCCGAUUUCACAAAGUGUGAAUGAGUUUUUGCAGUCUGAAUUCUAUAUAUUAUAUAUGCAUUAUGCAAUCAUUGUAAUUCCCUUGGUGUGCUCCAUGUGCCGUAAGCUGUAUGUUGUUGUAUAACCUUUUUUUAUGCAACUGAUAUUUGGUGAACUUUUGCUAUUUUGCUGUUCUUUUCAACGCCAUGUCUUCACGGUGGAGGAGAUAGAAGCGUUGCUUUGCAGCGUCUGUGACCAGGAAAUACAAAUCAGUCGUGCGAACCUGCGCACGGAUUCACAACGAGAUCUCUAAAACAGAUGUAAGAAGAGUACGCAGUUUGCAUCUGACCCCAGAUGUCCUGAAAUGUAGUCUUGAGUUUACAAUGUGUUUAUAAAUUGUGAACGUUUCCCUCCAUUUAUUGUUAUUGAGACUCAAAUUUAAGGAAAUUAUUUUUUGUACGCUACAUUAAUGCCAUAUUUUAUAACCGUGAUAUGUUUAUUAAGAGUUUGGGCCACGCCUGUGGCUCCUUUACAGCCCUGUAUGUAUUAAUAAACACAUGCAAUAGUUCUGAGUCCUCAUAUUCCACGUUUCUUUGUUACGCACAUGAAUAUAUUUGAUACAUGGGUAUGAAGGUGACCAAUUAACACUAAUUGACAACAGUAAUAGUUCUAAAGAAAGACACGGCAUCAUGUUGCAUAUUGUUUUAGGAAUUUAAAAUCAUCUCUUGUAUAAUUUGUGAAACAUUUAAACUAAAAAUGCAAUUUAUUUUGCAUAAAUUCGACAUAUAUUAAAAAUAAAGUAGAUGUUUUAAUGGUGUUUGUUGCCAUGUUUCCCUGUAGUCGUGUCCUUUCUUUGAAUUGAAAGAAGUGAUUGUGUUCGUGGAACCACUACGUUUUUAUUGUAACGCCUUUGUGCAAAGUGUUCAUCAGGUAUUGCAUCCAGAUGCAUCGCACUGAACGCUCACUAAUUGCUGCCUUUUAGAGAAGAUCUUCUCAUUUCCUAGUCGUGGCAUUGUUGUAACUGUGCCACAGCAGUUAGUUGAAGACCAAUGAAUAAUUAAAACAUUGAUGGUCCACUGAUGGUCCUACAGUGUGCACCUUAUCUCCUCGACAGCUCAACAAAACACGUCUCAAGCCAAAUGAUUAUAUAUUGUUGCUUUGGUGUCAUUUCACCCUCACGUUAAAGAGGUUGUUUAAAUUAAAAGAGAUUGUACGAUGUGUCAAAGUGUUUAAGAUUUUACUUUUUUAUUUUCUCUAGCAUGUAUUGUGUUAAUAUACCUAGUCAAUAAAAUAUACCAAAUUGUCA